UCGCCGUUCUAAAACUACUACUGUAAUUCAUGGACAUUUAUUUUUACAAAUAAAUUCUGGAGGAGGGUAUAUUGCAUAUAAUUUUUUGAAAAUGAUUGAUUUUCGCGAUGAUAAUGCAAAAACUGCCAAUCGAAAAAUUGAUAAUAAAUAUAUACCACUUACUUCUCAAGAAGGAUUAGCACCACUUAGUCCAUAUUUAAAUUUUGAUCCAUCAUACCUUCCUCCACGCGAGCCACAAUAUAUAUUUCCAGAAGGAGCUGUAAAACAAAGAGGACGUUUUGAAUUAGCUUUUAGUCAAAUAGGUGCUGCUUGUAUGAUAGGAGCAGGUAUUGGUGGUACCACUGGUUUAUAUAGAGGGAUUAAAGCAACAGCUCUAGCUGGACAAACCGGUAAACUCAGAAGAACACAGUUGAUUAAUCAUGUUAUGAAAAGUGGAUCAGCUCUAGCAAAUACACUCGGAGUAAUUACAGUGAUGUAUAGCGGUUUCGGUGUUCUUUUAUCUUGGGCAAGAAGUACCGAUGACUCCUGGAAUACAUUAGCAGCAGCAACCGCGACUGGCAUGUUGUUCAAAUCCACAAGUGGUUUAAGGAAAUGUGCUUUAAGUGGCUGCAUUGGACUAGGAAUAGCAUCGUUAUAUUGCUUAUGGAAUUCACAGUUAAUACAUUCACAAUUGAAAUGACGAUUCGAGUUUCUCAACCAUUAGAAAAUUCGUAAUAAAUUCUAUCUUUGUGUCCUAUAAAUAGGAAAUCUGGUCAGAACGCCUGCAUAAAAAAGAAAUUAUUAUGAAUGAGAGAUGCAUGCAAUUUAUAAAAGAACAAAUUGUAUAAUGUAUGUAUAUACAUAUAUAUAUGGUAUGUGUAUGUAUAUGUAUAUAUAUUUAUUAUUACAUCGAUUAGUAGAUAGUAAUUUAUUUUUAUUUGUGCGUUGCCUUAUACCUAUUUAUCAUGAGUACAAAGAAUCACUCACAUUUAUUAUUACUGCCUAAAUAAAAAAUUUUUUUGAUAAAGAAACAACAAAACAAUGUCAUUUUCAUAAACCCUAAAAUAUUUAAUUUUACAUUCAAAUUUAAUUUAUUUUUUAUUUGAAAUCUUCUUUAAAGAAUUUUGAAUAUGAUUAUACACUUGUUAUUUUAUCGUUGCUUGCUUUCUAGAUCUAUUAUCUUUUUAGGAUGCAUUAACCUUUUUGAUUUACUUCUAGUUUUAUAAAAGAUUGGAUAUAUAUGUAGACUAGAGUAUUGGUAAGCUUCACAGGUAUUGCUAUAUAAUCUUAUCUGUGCUUAUCUCAAAAUAUUACAGAGUGAUAUAGAAUAAAGGUUUUACUCAUCCGGAUAAUCAGAAAAUAUCUCAUAUCCAACUAAAUUUUAUUUAUUGUCAUGAUUUAAAAUUUUCUUUAAAUAUGAUCGAUUAUUUUGUGCCAAUAAAGUGAAAAGUUUCAGAAGAAUGUAAAGUAAAGAAGAAUUUAUAAUUUAAUUUCCACUGUAAAGAAUUAUAAGAAUAUUUUCUUUUUUGAUAAUACUUUCAUCACAUUGUAAGAUUUGGUGUCUUUAAGUUAAAAGAGUGAGAAAUAAUCGAUUGUAGACUCCAUACAUCGUUAUAUGCAACUACGCAUGAGUAUGAUUUAAGAACGUCAAAACGCAAAGAUCAAAUAUUUGAGCUUCAAUCUUUCGACGACCUUUCCCGCCGUGGAGAAAAACCAGUAGGGACGAAGAUUUACGCAUACGUAUAGCUUAUUUCAACAAGAAAUACAUAAGAUAUAUGUACGCAAGUACUCACAUAUAUACGUGCUUUACCGAUUCGAUGAUACAGCCGACGAAAUGGUAUCUGAUUAGUUUACGUUCCGAUAUUUUUAAUCCUUUACGCAGUCUUGCAGUCUACGCUUCUAUUUGUUAUUUUUCAAGAUUAUUUAUUAUCGGUCGAACGGAAAUAUCUUUGUGCACGCGUAAAUGUAUUAGAAUGAUCAUACGUGAUUUUCUCAUCCUCAAAAGGACAUAUU